UGCUCUAGGGAGCUCAUGGGGCGCAGCAAGCCAGUUAGCACGGCUUCCUUGGAGAACCUGGGAGCCCAGAGGAUGGGCUGAGCCCACUGCAGUGAACCCUGUGAAUGCUACUUCUCAUUGCUCUGGGAUAGGAGUGGAAGUGAGGUCCCGAGCCCAGCUAGUGGAGGACCCCAGAAGUGGCUGGACCCUUCCUGUCCUGUGGGACCUAACAGCAACAAUGAAUGAGGUGAAAGAGUCCCUCCGCAGCAUCGAGCAGAAGUACAAACUCUUUCAGCAGCAACAGUUCACCUUCAUUGCUGCUCUGGAGCACUGCCGGGAGAAUGCCCACGACAAAAUCCGGCCCAUCUCCAGUAUCGAGCAGGUGCAGAGCUACAUGGAACAUUACUGCAAUAACUCCACCGACCGGCGGAUUCUGCUCAUGUUCAUGGACAUCUGCUCGGAGCUCAACAAACUGUGCCAGCACUUUGAGGCCUUGCACUCCGGCACCCCUGUCACCAACAGCCUUCUCGAGAAAUGCAAAACCCUGGUUAGCCAGAGCAAUGACUUGAGCAUCCUCAGAGCAAAGUACCCGCAUGAUGUGGUGAACCACCUCAGCUGUGAUGAGGCCAGGAACCACUAUGGAGGUGUGGUCAGCCUCAUCCCCAUAGUCCUGGACCUAAUGAAAGAGUGGAUCGCUCAUUCCGAGAAGCUGCCUCGCAAAGUGCUGCAGCAUGUGAGUGAGAUCCUGGGUAACCUGGCAACUCCAGCACCAGCCGCCACCAGCCCUGCCCAGACCACGGUUACCCAGAAGUGGUUAGGAAAACACAAGUAUAGGCAGCUUGCAAAAGAGAGCCUCAAACCUAGUUCGAAGAACAAAGCCUCCCUGAAACCUCCCUGGAGGCCGCCUGGUGGGAAACUGUAACUGAUGUCAAUGUACUUGGCUUCCACUGGUCAUAUUCUCACUGGGGGCCAAUACACUAUUGAGAAUCUCUCUCUUGCUCUUCACUUCUAAAAUGUCCGCCUCUUGACCUCCGUGUUGAUGAAAGGAUCCCCUCUCAUGGAGCUGCCCAAACAGCAUGGUGUUGGCAGGGUAUGUCCCAGAGGAAGGAGGAUGUGCUGAUGCCCAGGCCUCUUGCCUACACUGUGGCCUCUGGCUCUGUAGAAUGCCAGCUGGUGGGGGCCGCUUAGCUCUGUCUCCACAAGGGCAAACUGGAUGAGCUGGAGGUCUCUCAUGAACCGGUGUGCGGGGGGAUCAGAAGGCUGAGCUCACUUGUGUUCAGUUCUCUGGACCAAAAUAAGGGAUAUAUGCUCUCUCUUGUAGCUGAGAGAGGGAGACCAUGGCAGAAGUCAGAAGAAUUGUUUUGUAUCUCUUGAGCGAGACAGCAGCCUGGUCUUGAUCGCAGUCUAGUCUACCCACACUGUAAGAUGUAUGUAUACUCCUGGUGUCUCAGCUUGACACGUGUGAGGUCUGACUGUUGAUUUUUCCCUUCACAGGGGACGACUUAGCUUCUGUACUGUUGCUUCCUCGGGGGGAGACAUUCAAGAAUAAAAUGUUCUGCCACUUCUC